AGAAACACAAACAACAGUGGCCAAGUUAAAAAAGACUCAGCUUUGAGGCGGAGAAGACACUAAAGCACUGAGGACAGGCUGCGAUGGAUCGCGAGCUGACUUCAUUUCUGCUGUGUGCCUUUGUGUUUUUUAUCACUGCCACAUCCCAACAGGACAAUGUGUGUUCUAGGCCAGAACUGUUUGACAACAUAGAGAUGGAUGGGAUCCAGAGGUACUUUAACCCUGGGGAGGAGUUGGUGCUGUCCUGUAAGCAGGGAUACACUCCUCUGUCUGGACCUCGGAACAUUGUCUGCGCCGCAAGGGGGCAAUGGACGAAAACCAAAUUAAAGUGCCUGCCUAAAUUGUGCCCGUACCCUGAUGUACUAUCCAAUGGAGCUCUGGAGUACGAGGAUACAACAUACCAGAGUGUGAUUAACUACACUUGUCAUGAAGGGUACAUCAUGACUGGAGCCAGCUCUGCUGUGUGCCAAGCCAAUGGAACAUGGAGUUCACCGGUACCAGAGUGCACAGCGGUGUCCUGUGGUCCGGCUCCAAUCCCAGAAUAUGGGAUGAUCAUUUAUGACAGGAGGAUCAGAGGAAGCAGCACUGAUUACGGCGUCACAGGGACGUACAGGUGCCUGCCUCCGUACGUAGUCACUGGCAACCCAAGAACUAAAUGCACAGCUAGUGGCACCUGGACAGCGAUGCCUACAUGCAGAGUGGUGACUUGCCCUCCACCGAAAAAUAUUGACAAUGGUUUCGUGUCCAGUGAUGAAGAUCGAGAAUAUGACUUCAUGGAAGCGGUCAAGUAUGGCUGCCAUGGACACUACGUACUGGAAGGAAGUAUGCAGGUUGUCUGUCAGGAGAAUGGAGAGUGGUCUGAAAAGCCAUCCUGCAAAGCUCCUUGCAGCGUGGACAUAGCAAGAGGAAGGAUAUUAUACAAUGAAAAAAAAGUCUGGAUUGAAGAUUUUAACCCAAACCGAGUUUUACACAGGGAAACUGUGUCAGUCUACUGCAAAGAUACAGUCAGGAGCUGUGGUUAUGCUGUACCAACUCAGUGCAUAGAUGGAAACAUUACCAUACCACCGUGCUUUAAGGAGCCCAGCGCUGUUAAUUAUACGCUCAAAUCCGGUUCACUUCCAUCGGAAAUCCAGGCAUGCUGAACAGCAGCAAAGCAGCAGAUCACAUCUGUACUCCACUAUUCAGGAAGUGUGUUUGGAUCUGUUCUCCCAAAUUAAAGAAUAUGGUUUGACACA